AUGCCAGCCGCUUCCGCCGACUUGUCCGUCCCCACUGUUCCUGUUACUGUCAUUUCGGGUUUCCUAGGCUCGGGUAAGACGACGCUUAUCCAGAACUUACUCAAGAGCGGUAGGAAGAUAGCAGUAGUGCAGAACGAGAUGGGCUAUGAGUCCAUGGGAAUCGAAUCCCCUGUAUUGACUGAUAGCGAGGGCAACGUCAUCGGGGACGUCCUUUUAGAACUCCCUG